AUGUUUUGGAAUUGGCUAGCUAUACUUGCUGGGGCCGGCUAUGUGUUGUCGCAUGCAACUCACCAUGUAGAAAAUCAGGAGCCAUUUUCACAGCAACGUCUAGAGGAGCUGGAGAGAAAGUGGGGUACUGAUUGGGGCUUCUCUGGCAUCUCAACUUUUGCCCACCUACCACAUACCCGCUGUUUGACCCAUCCUCAGACUACAUACGACAUAGCGAUUCUCGGUGCUCCGUUCGACACCGCAGUAUCCUAUAGACCUGGAGCUCGAUUUGGGCCUCGAGCAAUUCGCGCGGGUUCAUCUCGUCAAACUUCUUUCCGCGGCUUCAAUCCAAGAGCGAAUCUCAAUCCAUACACAUCAUGGGCUAAGAUUGUCGAUUGCGGAGACAUACCUGUCACGCCGUUUGACAAUUUGCUCGCUCUUCGACAAAUGAGUGAAGCGUUCAUGGAGCUGGGGAAGCGCGAGCCUACGCCCAGGAGCUCUGGCAGUGGUGUGCAAUAUCUCAGGAAACCUAAGCUCUUGACCCUGGGUGGAGACCAUAGUAUUGCCCUUCCAGCACUAAGAGCCCUCAGGGAGAUCUACGGACAGCCAAUUGCAGUCGUUCAUUUCGAUGCGCAUCUCGAUACAUGGCAUCCGGCCAAGUAUCCAUCCGCGUGGAUCGACUCCGAGGACCCAUCUACGCAGUCAUUUUUCAAUCACGGCAGCAUGUUUUGGAUCGCAGCAACAGAGGGUCUGAUCAAAAACGAUUCAAGUGUACACGCUGGUCUGCGCACAAGGCUCUCGGGCGAUGAUACAGAAGACUACACGGAUGACGCACAGCAGGGUUGGAUUCGAAUCGCAACAGACGACAUUGACGACAUUGGAGCAAAAGGCAUCAUCAAAUCCAUCAUGGACCGUGUUGGUACCGAAACGCCCGUUUACCUCAGUAUCGAUAUUGAUGUGAUUGAUCCUGGCCUUGCUCCUGGAACUGGUACGCCGGAGCCAGGUGGUUGGACGACCCGAGAGCUUAUCAGGAUCCUAAGAGGGAUUGAGGGCAUGAAUGUUAUUGGUGCGGAUAUUGUGGAAGUUAGCCCGGCAUAUGAUGGUGCUGCAGAGACUACUGCAGUCGCCGCAGCACAGGUUGUGUACGAGGUGCUGACGAGUAUAGUUCGAAAGGGAUUGAUGGAGCAGGCAAAGACGACAGUGGUGGCGGAUGAAGUCAAGGAUGAGCUGUGA